UCAAUUAUUAAUUGAACAUGAUACUGUGUGGAGAGAGGCCACACUAACUGUGGCCAUUUUACAGAGAGACGUGAGAGUUCCUCAUGAUUCCUGAUCGGAUAUUCACCUUCUGCAUGUCACUCUUUUCCUGAUGUCCAGUUAACCUCUGACCUGCACUGGACCCUUCCUAAUGGACCCAGUCAGUCCACCAAACAUCCCAGAUGAUUCAGAAAUGCAUGCAGCAGGACCCCCAGGAGUUCAGGAACCUCCUCAGCAGCCAGCACACAGAGCCCCUCCAGCCCGUCCUGGUCCGCCAGCAUACGACUCAAUCAGCAUCCUGACCACAGGGCCCGCCAAUGACACAGACAGCAUUCACACUGGCCAUCCAGCGACUGAUGGCGACAGCAUUCAGACCGCUCAUCCAGCGUAUGACACAGACAGCACACAAACAGCUCACCUCACUUACGAUACAGACAGCAACAGGACCCUAAACCCAGCCUAUGACACGGACAGUACCCGUGCCCUGCACCCCGCCUACGUCCUGGACCAGAUGACAGCAGAGGGUGCAGCAGGGCCAACUGGGGCAGAAGCUACUGGCAGUGGUAAUAUGGUCAACCCCUCUGAAGACCCUCCGCCCUACAGCCCUCCAGAUCCCAAACUGGCCUACCUAAUCUACCCCCCACCAUUGCCCCACUACCCCAACCAGCCGGUCAUAGCCUGCCAGCCUGGAGCCAAUACACCCGCCUUCUACCAGCCUUCUUUUCUGCCACCCUCCACCUACCCGUCAUACGCUAUAUACAUGAAUGGUCCACCACUUGGUGAGGAACAGACACCUUUACCUAAAGACUACCUAGUGGAGUCUCUACUAGUGACCAUCUUCUGUUGUCUAAUGAGCGGCCUGGUUGCACUCAUGUACUCUUAUGAAACUCUGUUGUUGCAGACUCGUGCAGCUCUGGCCCGGGGUGACAUUCGUGAGGGCGAGAAGGCAUCGCAGAAAGCCCGUCUUCUGGUGAUGUUCAGUCUAAUGUUUGGCGUCUUUGUGUUUGUGGGAUGGAUCAUAUAUGUGGUUAUAGCUGUCUGUGCUUAGUCAAACAAACACAAGAGAUGCAGUUCCUCUGAUUUUAAGGGCUUUCAUAAAUUUCAAAACAGUCAACAAUCACAUUUGCACAGAAAACAAGCAAAGAGAUUUAAAAACCCAUUGCCUGUAUAGCUUGAUUGUAAAGACUUUGAGCAUGUAGAAUAAUGCUCUUAUGCCACCUCCUUAGGAUCUCCACUGAAUUUACAAAAUAUCUGCUUAAUUUAGACACUGAGAUGUAAAAAGUCAUUCAGAGUGGUUUGAUAUGAAAUGGUUUACUGUAGAGAGACUUAUCAACUGAGGUUCUUUGCAGUGGUGGUAACAGGAAGCAGAUGUUGCGAUGUACAGUCAUGUGGAAAAGUUGGGAACAUUCAUUUAUACUGUUAAAGUUCAGAUUCUGAUGCUUACUGAUCUUAAUCCAUCAGUCAGCAUUAAACUGCCGGCUUCAUCACGCAUUCAUGUUCAUCAGAUGUAUGAGCUCACCUUUUUAUAAAAGUUAUAACUGCUUAUAAAUGAUUUAUAGAGUGUUUCUGAUCUAAGUAAUAACCAUUAAUAAACACAUUUUAAACCAUUCAUGAACCCUUUAUAAGGGUAGUCUUAUUAAAGUGGUACCCAUUCAUUUUCAACACUCUGCAUGUACUUCUCCACUAUAAACAGUUUUUAUAAUAUAUAUUUUAGGCCAAAAACUUAUCUUAAAACUACCGUAAAACACCAUAAAACAAUGUCUCAGGCAUGAGGAAACAUAUUCAUUUCAUAUAAUAGCUGUCUGUGAGUUAGCUUUUAGGGGCACUGAUAGCUUCCGAUGUCUGGUUCCUAUUACCACCAUUGUGAACAAUUCUGACUUGGAAAGCUUCUCUAAAAUGGAGCAUUUCACAUCAAGCCACUCUGAAUGACUUUGUUUACAUCUUAACCAUUUCAUUAUGCAGAAAUUUUGAGAAAUAAGUGGAAUUCCCCUUCAGGUAUGGUGGCACUUUCUUACUGUUGUAUGAUAUAAUAAGAGGAGAAGAGGUCUAACGUGAUCUAAACAAGCAGCACUGUGUCUGAACUGUGAAUACAUAUUGUAUCUAUUGGCGUUUGCUGCCUUGAAAAUGUGUCUGUAAUUUAUAAUUGUUCUAAAGCACUGUAGAUACAGAGAUUACAGUUAGAUUUUUUUCACUAAAAUGGAGCAAAUAUUUCUGGAUGAUUUCAUUUCAUGAAGUAAAAAUGCCAGUAUUUUUCUAUGGAUAUUCUUUCAACUACUUUAUCAAUGCUAAGUACGUAACUAUGUAUACUGUUGCUAUCAGUCAAAUACAGAUGUCUGCUGGAGAUGCACCUUUAUUUCAGCAAUGUGUUAGAGCAAAAUGUGUACAGUGUCUGUGUAUGAAUAAAUAUUAAAGCAUAUUAACCAAAUUAGGUUUUCAAUACAGAUUAUUUUUAUUACAUUCCUUUAAGCUUUUUUCCUCUCCACAUGGCAUAAGGAGCAGGCAAUAAAUACAAGUGGAGAGAAAGGCAAUAGGGUAAAGAUAAAGAAAAAGAAAAGAAACAACAGUUGACCAAUAGAGGGAGUGAGUUAGCAGCACAGCAGACAGGCACCAUUGGCUCUCUUAGUAACCUAACAUGGUCUUCUUCCAUCCAAUAUUUCUUACACACUAUACAAACAUAUCUGAGUUACACAAAAGCAGCUGCAAAGGCAUUAUUACAUAAGAAUAAAGGCAAUGAAGAGUUUCUUGUUCAUUUGAAUCUUUGGCCACAAAACAAAAGCAUUAAAAGUGGCAACAAAUACAAUAAAACACAAUAAUGCAAACUAAAUGACAAUAAUGCUAAUUAUAAAUAGCAUGAUACUGUACUUAUUAAAAGAAAUCUCCUAAAAUGUACAGUACUGUGCAAAAAUCAGAGACCGCUCUUUAUUUAUUUCAUUUGUAGUCAUAAUGGCCUAUUAAGUACGAAUUAUUUAUUUUUCAGUGCCAAGAAAAAAAGCAGAGAAUAUAUUUUUUAACAGAAGCCUCAACAACUAAAUAUAAUUUAAACUUCUUCAGUAUUUAGUGUGUCCACUCUUUGCCUUUAUUACAACUCCCACUCUUUUCAGAAGGCUUUCCUUUUUUAAGAAAUCUGCAAGAAUAUUUUUCCAUUAAGUUCAGUUCAGUCUUAUUAAGUUCAGUCUUAGAAGUUGGAUGCAUUUCCUGCUUCUCAUGAUCCACGUAAUCCUAAACAUAUUCAGUGAUGUUGAGGUCUGGACUCCGGAGUGGUCAGUCCAUUGUUCGGAGCACAUAAACAGUUUAUUUGCCAGAUUUGCAUUUUUUUUGUCUGUUUUCUUAGUAAUGGCAUCUUGACAGUUAUAGAUCCUUCCAAACCCAUAGCGUUGAGUUGUCUUCUCACAGUAGAAGGAUGAACAGAAAAACCUGUAGAUUUUUCAGAUUUGAAGAAAGAAUGGAGCUUGAUUUUCUCCUAUAACUCAAAGAUGAAAGCUUUAAGUGAUGUUUGACCUAAUGGUCAAACGUUUUGGUGGUCUACUAAGAAUUGUGUGGCUAGUAGAAGUCUUAUUUACUCUAUAGCUUUUAAUCAUUUUUUUGAGCUCUUUUGGAAACUCCUGUUUUUCCACUUCUUUUGAUUUUCCCCAUCAUUAUGAUUAUCUUUAACUGGAAACUAAGAAAAAUAGUCUCUGACUGUAACACAGUACUGCAUGUCUUUUCCUUAACAUACCCAAUACACGUCAUCUGACAAUACAUAACUUCAUGCUAAAGCCAUCCAGCCUUAACAGUAACAGCUUAAAAAUAACUUUAAAGCAGAGUCUUUGUCCAUCAGGGAGUGAAUUUUCGCAACAAACAUCAUGACCAGCAAGAACUUAUAUAUCCAUCAGCCAGAAAAUGGCCACCUGUCUCAAGAAAUACACUGUAUAAUGUAAAAUGUACAAUUUUCUAGUUCAUAGCUACAGAAGCAUCUGCUGGACAAAAACUCCUGUGAGGUGCUUCAAAUAAAAAUAACAUGGAGAGACACUGAUAUCGGCGCUAACUGAUAUCAGACUACUACAACUGACACUGCUUUCAAAUUAGUCUACUUCAAUCGCAGACAAGAGAGAAUCAUCUGCAAUAGCUGCCUGUUGCUGCUAUAGGGACAUUUUUUUGCACAAAAACAAACA